AUGUAUUCGCGAAUUGCCGGUGGGGAGGAGUACCCAAUCUGUGCGUCGUUCGAAGACUGUGGCCUGAGGCAGGAUCUUUUGCGGAAUGUCUACGCCUACGGUCUUGAAAGGCCUAGUGCCAUCCAGCAGUGUGGCAUACUGCCGAUCCUGGAUGGCCGUGACGUAUUUCUAGAGGCACCGUCUGGUGUAGGGAAGACCACUGCUUUAAUCAUUGGAUGCAUAGCUUCGCUGGACUGCUCCUUGAAGAGAUGCCAAGCCUUGGUUCUCUGUCCAACUCGGGAACUCGCGCAUGCGGUCCGCCAUGUCUUCACCGCCUUCGACAGCAAGAUAGAGUCUCAUUCUCUCGUGGGCGGUGCCCCCGUCAGGGAUAAUAUCCAAGCGCUGAAAAAUGGUCUACAUCUGAUUGUGGGAACACCUGGCCGCAGUCACGACAUGAUCAGCAGAGGCUUCCUGGACACGAGCAGUUUGAAGCUUAUCAUCCUGGACGAGUUGUCGGAACUCUUGAAUCGCGGAUUUGCAGACACUCGUUUCUCGGGAUUUGAUCAGCUCAGCAGCAUUUUCAGUGCCCUCGCCCCAGACAUCCAGGUCUGUGCAAACUCCGAGACCCGGGAGCCGGCCAUUUCUGCGAUCUCAAAGCUCAUGCGGAAUCAAGUCGUACUCCGAAUGGUGCAGGACCCAGUCACUUUAGCGGACAUCAGACAAUUCUACCUGGAUGUCGAUGCGGAGCAGAACAAGCUUGAUGCACUUCGCGAUCUCUUCGAGAACUUGCCAGUUACACAAGCAAUUGUCUGCUGCAACACACGGCGAAAACUCGACUUCCUCCUGCAGCACGACACUGUUGUGGCGCUUCAAUUACGUGGGCAUGCCGUCUUCUCGCUCCAUGCAGAUCUUGACUCAACAGAGCGAGAGGCUGCGCUGCGGAGCUUCUCUUCAACUUCUAAAGCUGUGCUCCUCUGCACAGACCUGUUGGGAAGCGCACUGCUCGCGCUGCCCUCGCCGCCGACGCGAGCAAUCUUCAUCAACUUUGAUCUGCCUACAGGCCGGGAGACCUACCUCCGACGUGUGGGAUGUGCCAGAAACUGUGGAGUGGUCAUCAACUUGGUAACCGCAGACACCAUGCAAGACAUGAGGGAAAUCGAGGCCUUCUACGGGAUAGCGGUCGAGGAACUCCCUUUGGACAUUGCAGAACUUCUCUAA